AUGGAUCGUUGGAUGAAAAAUGUUGUUUUCUUGAUGAUGAUGAUAUCCAUGGUGGGUUUUACAAAUGGAAGCCUACACUAUGUUGGAGGAGGAAAGACGACAUGGGCACCAAAUGUCAAUCUCACUGAUUGGGCUUCUCAUCAUGAACACUUCUAUGUGGGCGAUUGGCUCUAUUUUGGAUUUGACAAGCACAGCUACAGUGUUCUGGAGGUUAACAGGACCAGCUAUGAGAAUUGCAUUUCUACAGAUUUCUUAAAGAAUGUAACCAGAGGUGGAAGAGAUGUGUUCCAAAUGAUAGAGGCAAAGACAUAUUACUUCAUUGAUGGGAGAGGCUUCUGCUUUCAAGGUCUCAAAGUUGCUAUUGAUUGUGAAACUUCUGCACCAACUCCAUCACCAGCUCCAGCUCCAGCUCCUGCAAAAAAUGCUGCCCCAUCACUUUUUGGUUCUCUAGAUGCUUUGUCAUGGAUCUUUUGCCUCUCACUUGUUUUUUAG